AUGGCCGUUACUCGGGCCAGAGCCAGGUCUACUAACAAGCCCAGAACAGCUUCGAAACCCAAGAACCCGGUAUCGAGCCAGGCUACUACAUUUACUUCUCGAUCGAAGCGCGUAGCCCAGACCCCAAACGAUCUUCCCAUCCUACCUUUCCCGAAUGCCGCUGCCUUUGAGUCCUAUCUCGAAGAGCACCACGCGACCAUACCCGGCCUCCACCUUAAGCACGUCAAAAAGUCCUCCAGUAUCCCAUCCAUUUCGACUACCGAGGCACUAGAAGUCGCGCUGUGCUUCGGCUGGAUCAACGGACAAGGUAAUUCAUGUCCAGAGGAACCAGAUUACUACCUUGCACGGUAUACGCCGCGACGUCCUAAGAGUACAUGGAGUCAGAUAAACGUGAAACUGGCAGAGCGUCUGAUUGAAGAAGGACGAAUGAGGCCUGCUGGACAAGCAGCUAUAGAUGCGGCAAAGGCGGAUGGGCGAUGGGGGAGGGCUUACUCUGCUCCUACUAACAUGACAGUCCCGGCGGACUUCCAAGCUGCACUUGAUGCCAAUGCAGCUGCGAAGUCAUUUUUCGACACUUUGGGCAAGAGUGAGAGGUACCUGGUAUUACUCAAAGUUGAGCUCGCAAGUCUAGCUGCCAGACAAAACAGGAUUCAGGCAUUAAUUGACAACUUAGCUGUCGGCAAGGUACCAGGGAGUAGCACUGCGACCAGGACUCUUGCACCACCUGCAUCUCGAGUACGGAAAGCGAGGACAAAACCAAGGUAA